UAUUUAGUACUUUAAACUGUUUUAAAUCUUAAAAAUCGAAAAAAAAGCUAUAUUUAGGUUGAACUUACUGCGCCCUACUUGGGCAUUGCACCAGACUUCGAACUGCCAACGACUGAAUUAAAAACCCGGUCAUUUGUAUUUUUAACGAAAAAUAUAUUUUAAACAAUUUUAGACUUUUAUAAAUACAGAUCAACAAAUAUUGAAGGUUAGGACCUGAAUCCGCUUCUUCACAAGCGUUGCCAUGACUACCGUCUGUGAAAACAGAACUUUUUUAUACUUCACUCAGACAUAACCCAACUUUUCCACAGGCAAAAUAGUAAAAUCUCCUGUUUUUUGCAUGUUUUGCUGAAUUCAAGUGUAUUUAAUUAGCCAGUGUAUGUUUUAGUGACGAGUGCUGAAUAUUAGGUUUCCGUGCUUCAGAACUCCCAUUAUUUUGGAUCUAUCACUAAUGGGCUGGUGCCUCAUAGCAGAGCUUUAACGGAGAAGAAACGGACUGUUCUGGCUUCUUUCAACAUUCGAGUGACAAUGAGCCGUUUAGUUUUACUAGUGCUAACUUUAUGGGCGAAGCAAGUCUUAAGUUAUACCCCAAUGCUUCCGAUGGAUUUUUCAGAAAUCAAUCUACCCUCAGAGCACCUACAGUAUUAUUUCAGUGCGUUUCCAAGUGCUGCACAACAGUGCCACAUAGACGAUAAAUGUCCGUAUAAAAUGGCAUUAAAUGCGCAAAAGUACUGGGGCUAUACGAACAAUUCUGGACGCUAUUCUACUCCAGAGUGCACCGGUUGGGGCCAAGAGAAACGCGAUAACGCCGAACAAUUCUACCGUGAAGGAGAUUUCGGAUUUAUAAAGCAGCAACUAGCAGAGUUAACGCAAUUGUGCUCUCCCUUUACGGAAACUGGGGGCAGUAGUCUGCACUGUACUGAUCACUUGCGAUACUGUACAGGAUCAGAACUAAUGUUAAACUUCACUAAAUUGUCCUCCGUCGAGGAGCCUUUCAGAUACAACAUGAGUGUGCUAAGUGAUAGUGGCAUUGGCGGUUAUUGUGAGCCUCUGAGAGACGAAUUUUUGGAGCGAUCAGAUCAUGUUAGUGCUUUACAAAGCUGGGGCCCGGAACUCAGGUAUUUUACUCAACUGACGAAAACUCCUCGCGAACUGUGUGACAUCGUUAUCACCAAACCCACCUACCUCAUGAAGAUUGAUGCAACUUUCAACAUGUACCACCACUUUUGCGAUUUUUUCAAUCUCUAUGCGUCACAGCACAUGAACCAGCACCUUGGCCAUAACGCUUUUUCCACCGAUGUUCACAUGCUGAUCUGGGAAACUUUCGACUACAGGUCCCCAUUCAGAGACACAUGGGAGGCCUUUACCGAUUACCCAUUGUGGGACCUGAAAACCUUUCGAGGAAGAACCGUUUGCUUCGAGAAUGUGAUUUUACCUCUACUGCCCCGCAUGGUUUUUGGCCUGUAUUACAACACGCCUUUGACCAGGGGAUGUCGGAACAGUGGGCUGUUUCAUGCGUUUUCCAAGCACAUUUUGCACCGGUUGAAAGUGCCGGUUUACCCGAGACUUCCCAGGAAAAUUAGAGUGACUCUGUUGUGUCGCGACACUAAGUACAGGCGCAUUCUCAAUGAAGAUGAGCUUUUUGAGGCCAUCAAUGAGAAUGAGGCGUAUCAGGCCACAAGGGUGGUUUUCAACGCAAAUAUUCCCUUCAAGCAACAGUUGGAAAUCAGCGCCAACACUGAUGUGCUUGUGGGCAUUCAUGGGGCUGGCCUGACUCAUCUGUUGUUCCUUCCAGAUUGGGCCACUGUUUUUGAACUCUACAACUGUGAAGAUCACAACUGUUACUCAGACUUGGCGCGUCUUCGGGGCGUAAACUACAUCACGUGGAGGGACAAACUGAUGCUGUUCCCUGAUAGAGAGAUAGGUAAUUCGGGUGAAGCGGAUGCCAAGUUUAAAAAUUACGCGUUUGACGUGGGAGUGUUCAAGGGUCUUUUGAAAGAAGCUGCAGGCCUGGUCAUGAAUCAUACGAAGUUUAUAGCUGCCGGCAGGAAAUUUGAGCAUGAGGAACUUUAACGUGCCUUAGACCAACUAACUCCAUUAAGCCCAUAGUGAUAUUCAGAGCAGAUCAGUUUGCUCAUAGUUUUAAGCGAAAUAAUACGGUAUUAAUCAGUGGCUGUGCUCUGCUCUGCCUGUGACUGAAUCUCCCAGAAAUCAAGUCUGAAUCAGGUAAGAACGUUACAUUUUUUUCGAUAGAUCAAAGGGUUGAUCGCAUCAAUUCUUCGCUCGUCCGGGUAUAGUUUGCAAAUAACGCACGUGUUUAAUGCGUCAUGCCCUCAAGAAGUUUCAUAUUUUGCAAUUUUUGCUAAUUUUUUUACGCAAAUUCCGUCUUUCCAGUAUAUUUUUGGAUAACGGAUGAUCUGAAGUAGUCCUUUGGCUAACAAUUGGAAAUAUUAAUCGGACGAAAUCAAUUAGAAUGUUUAAAAAACCAGAUAUUUUCAUAUGUAUGUCGUUUGGGUAACACUGAGUCGUUUAAAUGUGUGUUACAGCGAUACGCGCCUCAUUGUGCCCCUUAUUGUAACGCAUCUUAAACAUAACAGGAUCAGCAUUUUUAUACAGUUUUUGUUUGGAAGAUGCCGAAAAAUCGUACAAAACCCGACGAUCAAGCUGCAAAAAUUCGUCCUGAGCUGAGUAACACUCCUCUAGUGUUACUUGAUCAACUCAAUCGCCCACGAACAUAGUUUUGGUCCUUCGAGCCGGAUCACCGGAUUUUGCGGUUAAGCGUGACCGAUGGAGCAAAGCCACUUCUAUGGAUGAGCAAAGUUUUGACUUUGUGCUUUCAUCAUCAGGGCCGCGAUGAGAAUUUUUCAAAUUGCACUCGCUCUUGGAGGCAAGAGUCGAAUCUAACUGACUUUCAAAAACAAAUUCCUCCAACACCGAGAAAGAUGGAAACUUGCGAUUGAAUGUGGGGAACAGAGAGAAGAUAGUUCUAUGAAUGUGGGACGUUUCGUUUGUCUGUCAUCAUCAGGAUCGGAGUGGGAAUUUUUCAAAGUUGAGUCACUCGUGGAGGCAACCGAUUUUCAAAAAUUCAUUGCGUAAAACCCAACAAAGCCCGAAAUUUGCGGUUAAGCGUGUCAGAUGGAGCGAAGCCCCUUCUAUGGAUGAGCAAAGUUUUGAUUUUGUGUUUUCAUCAUCAGGGCCGCGAUGAGAAUUUUUCAAAUUGCACUCGCUCUUGGAGGCAACAGUCGAUUCUAACUAACUUCUAAAAACAAACUGCUCCAAAACCGAGAAAGACGGAAACUUGCGAUUGAAUGUGGGGAACAGAGAGAAGACAGUUCUAUGGACGCGGGACGUUUCGUUUGUCUGCCAUCAUCAGGAUCUUAAUGGGAAUUUUUCAACGUUGGGUCACUCAUGGAGGCAACAGCUGGUGCAAACCGAUUUUCAAAAAUUCAUUGCGUAAAACCCAACAAAGCCAGACAUUUGCUGUUCAGCGUGUCAGAAGGAGCAAAGUCCCUUCUAUGGAUGAGCAAAGUUUUGAUUUUGUGUUUUCAUCCUCAGGAUCGCGAUGAGAAUUUUUCAAAUUGCACUCGCUCUUGGAGGCAACAGUCGAUUCUAACUGCCUUGUAAAAACAAACUGCUUCAAAAACGAGAAAGAUGGAAACUUGCGAUUGAUUGUGGGGAACAGAGAAAAGACAGUUCUAUAGACGCGGAACGUUUCGUUUGUCUGCCAUCAUCAGGCUCUUAAUGGGAAUUUUUCAAAGUUGAGUCACACAUGCAGGCAAAAGCUGGUGCAAACCGAUUUUCAAAAAUUCAUUGCGCAAAACCCAACAAAGUCAGACAUUUGCGGUUCAGCGUGUCAGAAGGAGCAACGUCCCUUCUAUGGAUGAGCAAAGUUUCGAUUUUGUGUUUCAUCAUCAGGACCUAAAGAAGAACCACCCUUGUAGGGAAAACACUGUAUAACUUUACGACAAAUUUUAUUCAACAAUAUUUUAGAACUGAAUUGAAUGAGCUCCUUUCAAAUUUAAUAACUUAGAAUUAAUUCAAGUCUAUUAUUACAUAAUUCUUUAUUUAUUA